UGAUUAAUAAUUUAUAUUUCAUAAUAUUUAUACACUAUUAGUACAUUAAAUAUUAACUCUUAACUCUUUAUAUUUAGCAGUUGAAUUAAUUUCUAAAAUCUCUUAAUCAUCUACGAAAUUCAAUUAAUCUAUAAGGAAAAGAAAGAGAGAAAAGAAUUAUCAAGUCUAUAAAAAAAUUUUGCAUCACAUCGACAUGCGGGUCUUUGACACAUAAAAUGCUCAAACUUGCCAUAGAAGGGUUAUAUGAGAGGGAAAGUGAGGGAGCUGGAAAAACGGUACCAUAUUCUAUUGGCGGAGGCCAAGAAGAGGUACAAGAAUUCAACUUUCUCAGCACUCGAGGAACGUUUUUGAAGCCUUAAAAUUUGGAUUUUGAGCUACACUCGUGUGCAUCAUCUGACUUUGACUCAAUCAAACAACAUAAACUAUUGUUUGAUUGUUGAGAAAUGAAUGGCAAAAACGUGUUAGUAAGCAACCUGACCUGAACCACCUCUUUUUCCUCUCAUUUUCUCAUUCUAAUUCUAUUCAUUUCCACUGUUUUUCUGGGUUCUAGAAGCUGUGAUAUAGUACUUUUUUACUUCGAUUCUUGAGUCGGAUCUUAAUCAUUUAUUGCUAAUUUAAAGAGAGAAAUGACGACGAGAAGUGCAAGUGCAUGUUUGUAUUUGCAGUGUUAUUAACUUGUUGCUUUUGCCAAGUUUUGAUCUCAGUUUCUUUGGAUUCUUAUUAACUAUGACAAUGGAAGUUUCCAGUUCGAAAGAUAGUUCAGUAGCUUCAAGUCCUUUUUCUUCACCCAAUGUCAGUUGCCUACUCAAGAUUAGGAUUAUUUCAUGGAGCCAAGAAACCGGAUUGCCUGUUUCGAUGCGUGUUCGAGUUGGUCAAAGAACCUUCUGCCUGCAUAAGGAUCCAUUGUUCUCAAAGAGUGGUUACUUUCAUAAGAGAUUGACUGAAUCAAAUGAGCUUGAUCUACCACAAGAUUUCCCUGGAGGACCAGAAACAUUUGAGAUGAUUGCAUUAUUCAUCUAUGGUUCCACCACAUUGGUUGAUCCUUGUAAUGUAGCAGCCCUCAGGUGUGCAGCAGAAUUUCUUGAAAUGACAGAAGAAUACUGCAUUGGCAACCUUUGUGAGCGUUUCGAUCUCUAUUUGAACCAAGUGGUUUUGCAAAGUUGGGAUGAUACACUGAUUGUUCUCCAGAAAUGCCAAAUGUUACUUCCCUGGUCUGAGGAGCUGCUGAUUGUGAGCCGCUGCAUUGAAUCCCUGGCCUUCAUGGCCUGCAUGGAGAUUCUUGAUCCAGAGAGGAGAAGGGACGAACCAGUUGUUACAAUAGAGGCAUUGGCUGGUGAAGCUUGGAGCUGUGAAACUGUGAAAGCAAUCGCAAGCAAGGACCUAUGGAUCAAAGAUCUCAUAGCUCUACCAUUUGGAUUCUUCAAAAGGAUAAUUGGAUCCUUAAGAAGGCAAGGAAUGAAAGAAAAAUAUGUGACUCCCAUCAUUGUCUUCUACGCAAAUAAAUGGGUACUCUCCAAGAAGACACGCCAAUUUUGGGAGAACCCAGGCGAGAAAAUCGGUGACAGUGACACAAACAACAAGGUUUCUGUCAUUUUACAAGGGAUUCUAGAUUUACUGCCCAUAGGGGAGAAGGCCAGCAGGGCUAUUCCUGUUGGAUUUUACUUUGCAUUACUGUCUAGAUCCUUAGAAUUUGGUUUGAGAAGUGACAGCAAAGUGAAAUUGCAAGAUCAGAUCGCAUCUAUGUUGCACUUUGCCCAAGUGGAAGAUUUUCUCCUUCCACAGAUUGGAACAGAGUCCUUUUCUUCAAGCAAGGAGUUGGCUACGAUGAAGAGUAUAUUCUCUACUUUUGCAUCAUUUAACAUGGACACCAACCCUACCCCUUCAGCAAGCAACUCGAUUGUUGCAGAAUUAUGGGACACAUUCCUCGUCCAGAUAGCUUCCGAUCCAGAAAUGGAGCCUAAAAAGUUCAUGGAACUGGUUGAAUUAUUACCAAUAUCUUGCCGUCAGAGUCAUGAUCAGCUUUAUAGAGCAAUGAAUAGUUUCCUACUGGCACAUAGAGAUAUAACUCAAGAUGAGAAGGGAUCAGUCUGCAAAUACCUCAACUGCCAAAAGCUUUCACAAGAGGCAUGUAUAGAAGCGGUUCAAAAUGAGUUGAUGCCACUGCGUUUGAUAGUCCAGGCUCUGUUUGUUCAACAGCUGAACACCCACCAAGCUUUUAAAGAAUGCUCCGACUCAUUUAGGUUCACAGGACAGUUCUCUGGAAGCUUAUCCAGCUCAAGGUGUCCAAACUCAAAUAGCCUAAAUCUAGGAGAAAGCCCCUACAAGGAUGGAGCAGGGACAGACAGCAAACCUUUGAGCUUGUUCCUACGAAAUGACCUUGCCAUGGAGAGGAGCUACGAAUCGACAAGCUUCAGAAUUCAGAACCUUGAACAAGAGCUCAUGUCCUUGAAGAAGAGCCUUCAAUGGCAUAACAUGUCAAAGAAAACAGAUUCAACUCCAAACAAAUCACAGAGUAUGAAACCUUAUGGCAUAGAAAGCAGAUUAGUAAGCAGGAGAAGGAACCCUCUUGGACAAGUAACAGGUUGCAUGGGUUCCCUGAAUUUUGCUUCACAAAGAAAAUAUGCUAGCAGGCUUAUUAAGAUCUUUCGUAGAUUUUCAUUAUUUGGGAUUAAAAAACUAAAGAGAGAGCCUGGAGCUAGUGGCAUAGUCGCCAAGUCAAUCUAGCAGAUUAAAAUGUACGGAAAAGAACAGUAUAAAUCAGACUCUUUGCUUUCAUCAUUCACACCCUGUCCAUAAGAAUCAAGAACAAUUUAUGUCCCAACA